AUUGUUUUAAGUCACAAGAAUAUUAUGAUCGUACUUCAAAGAAGAUCAAAUAAAUAAAAGAAAACCCAACUAUGAUCAGUACUCUCUCUCGACGAGAUUGGGGACCUCACAUUCCGUCCAGAAGCUUCGUCGUCACAGGAUCGCCGGCUCAGAACAAUUUCUUGAAGUUUUGCUGUUGGAUGAGAGAGGUUGCUUGAAAUUUGAGACUAAAUAUUCAGAUGGAUUUUAAUAAUGACUUCACAUUUUAUCAGGUGGGUUUAGCUGAAAAGGAUGAUAAAGAGGCGAGGGAUCUUGCAUCAGAAAUAGGCGAUAUUACCUUGAGGGAUGAAUUGGCGAAUAACACCGUUAGUAGGACUCAUGUCAUUUUGAAUGAUAAACUAUCGAAUGAUAUCAAUUCCAGAAAGCAGGCAACAGUUGGUUCUUUGGAUUUCAAUUCGUCUUCAAAACAAUCAAGUACGUUGCCAACAGAAGAGGUGAGGAAAGAUGCUGGAAAGGUUGUGAAGAAAUCAAAAAAACAAGGGAUUGCUGUUCGUAAGCAUGCAGUUCGAACAAAGGUUCCUUUUGAGAAGGGAUAUAGUCAAAUGGAUUGGCUUAAGCUUACUCGAACCCAUCCUGAUCUUGCAGAAUUGAAAGGCCAGUCAAAUAAAAGGCUUAUCCCUAUGAGCGAAGUUAAACAACAUCAGAGUGAGGGCUCCAUGUGGACUGUUCUGAGAGGUCGCGUGUACAAUUUAUCUCCUUAUAUGAAGUUUCACCCUGGAGGUACUGAAAUACUCAUGAAGGCAGUGGGAAAAGAUUGUACAUCUUUAUUCGAUAAAUACCAUGCUUGGGUGAAUGCUGAAUUUUUGCUGGAGGAGUGUCUGAUCGGCACCUUGGAUGAUAGACAUCGACGGUUCUAUGAUAUGCCUUGACCAUGUCAAGAUGCUAUAUUUUUUUUUUUUUUUCUUUCUAUUUCGAGCAAUGGAAUCAAAUUGCUGUUAGAGUUCCUCAGCACGACAAACUCGUGAUGAAAUUUUAACACUUAUCGACCUUUAACGUUCAAGAGAACAAUUUUGCUCUUCAUGUGGUUCUUGAGUUUUGGAAUAAAACAAGUUUCUUUUCUUCAAAA